AACGUCACGUUUAAUAAAGAUAGACUAUGGCAAAUAGCUUAAGAUCAUAUCUUCAAUGUGUUCGUUCAACAUUAACAGCAGCACUUUGUAUUCAGGAUUUUGCAUCACAAGUUGUUGAAAGACAUAAUAAACCAGAGGUAGAAGCGGGAACGUCAGUUGAAACGCUUUUAAAUCCUUUAUUAAUUUCUCGCAAUGAAAAUGAACAAGUUUUAAUUGAAUCGAGUAUUAAUAGUAUUCGUAUAAGUAUUUGUAUUAAAUAUAUUGAUGAAAUUGAACGAAUUUUGGUUAAUAAAUUUACUCGGUUUUUAAUGGGACGUGCAGAGGCAUUUAUUAUUUUACGAAGAAAGCCUAUCAAAGGGUAUGGAAUAUCAUUUUUGAUAACGAAUAAGCAUACAGAGGCGAUGUUGAAACAUAAAAUUGUUGAUUUUAUUAUUCAGUUUAUGGAAGAAGUAGAUGCAGAAAUUAAUGAAAUGAAACUAUUUAUAAAUGGAAGAGCACGAUUUGUAGCAGAAAAUUAUUUAUUACAAUUUGAUUAAUAAAAAAAAAUAAAUACAAAAGAUAUAAAUUUAAA